CCUUAUCACUAUCAUGGUCUCCUCCGACACAUGGAAACUUUUGGGCCUCUCCGUCGCUGGCGGCUACGCGACCUUGGGCACAUGGGCCCUCGUCGCUCCACGGCACGGUGCUGAGACGUUCUUCUCUCCCCGACCAUCCUCGGCCGAGUCACUGCACGCCGGCGACAUCGAGCGCUACAUGCGUCUUUUGGGUGCACGCGACCUGAGCAUAGCAGCGGCGAUGGCGUGGUUCGCAAACAGUGGCGAUUGGCGUGCAAUGGGCCAGAUGACCCUCACGGGCCUGUUUCUCUGUGCAGCCGAUGCGGUGGCGGCGACGCAAGCCAAAGGCACGAGGCUGUGAGUUAUAUAGGCUAUAUUGGUUGAGCCGGGAAGACGAGCGGAGAGAGGAACCUG